AUUCAGGUGAUUACACUGGGUUUGCUUCUUCCCUCCUUUAAAUGGUUGCUCUACGGAAAACGGUAACAGUAAGAUCAUUUCUUUUACUGCAAUUUGAAUAUUUGGAACUCAAUUCCAUACUAAUAUCAAAAUCUUUGAUUACAGGAAACCAUUCUGAAAACGGAACGCUAAAGGAACAAACACCAAUCAAAACCCCCCAAAAACAAAACGGAGGAUGUGAUGGUGGCGAGAUGGAAGAUGGCUUUGAGUUUAUCGUUAAAAACAAAGGCAUCAACACCGAGGUGGCUUACCCAUAUCAGGCAACAAAUGGAACCUGCAACACCAAGGAAGAAGCUGUCCAUGCUGCCACCAUUACUGGGUAUGAAAAAGUGCCAGCCAACAGUGAAUCCGCAUUGUUACAGGCAGUCGCUAAUCAACCCGUAUCAGUUGCCAUUGAUGCCAGUGGUAUGGGUUUCCAGUUCUAUUCAGGUGGCGUGUUUACUGGGUAUUUUGGAACUGAUCUUGACCAUGGCUCUGCAGUUCCUUCUACAGCCCUAUUACAAAUGAUACGUGGCUCUGCAGUUCUUUAA